UAUUGGAAAAUGGCUUUUAUGAGCCAUUAGACCCGACACAAACUGUGUGCCCUGAAGGAAAUAUCUUUCACUGGAAACCUGUUGUACCAGCCCAACCACCAAAUUCUUGCCCCAACUGCACAGAUUGCAAGUUUAAAAUUUUCAAGCUCCAGCAAUCUCUGCAUCUUCAUCACUAUAAUGGGAAGGUAUGACCUCUAUACUCCAAUCUAUACAUGCCACUGUGGAUAUGAGCAUCAACAACUAGGCAAGACCAUGCACAAGUCUGGUUUCUAUUCAUCAUUAGGAAAGAGCAGCACAUUCUACAGCACCAGUCUGCUUGAAUCAUGGCACCAUAUAAAAAGAAAUUGUCCCGGAACAUCAUUUCGGGCAUUAGUCACUGCACUGGAAUCCUUUGGUGCUUCUCGUGGGCGUAUUGGACCCAUUAAUUAUAUAACUUCGAAGAGAGUGUUCUUCGAAUGGCGAUUCCAGCAAUAUGAGCUGAGAAAAAUUAGAGGAGAAGCUGACAAUGAGUGUCCUGCUUGUGAUAAAACCCCUUUAGCAGUACAUAUUGAUGGCAACAAGAAGCUGUAUCGUUACAACAAAGUUGGGAGAGGUAUCAGAAACCCCUAUUAUUCUGAUAGUAUCUUCAGCAAAGAUGAAGAUGUUCAAGCUCAUGUUGGCACUAUUCAGAGCUUGAAAACUAAGGUAUUGUAUGGAGGGCGGUGGCAAGAAGGAAGUGGCAUGACUUUAGGGGAAGAGGCAGAGCAAGUGUUUGCAUACCUCUCACGAUACAACUCUACAACUAAAAACAUGCUGAAAGCUGGUAUUUGUUUAUAUGGUUCAUCUGAUCAAGUUUUUUAUUAUUUUACCUGCCCUGUAAUCAGUAUAAUGCGAUUUGUAUUCAGUAUUCAAUAAGUAUCAACUCCCUCAAAUAAUCAAUAAA